AUGUCAACAUCCUCCGGCAGCAUUACAACUUUUGAUGGAGUGACGCUCCGAUACAUCACAGCUGGAAAAGAGUCUGAUCCCGCUCUGCUCUUGCUUCCGGGCUGGUUCCAAACUGCGAUCCAAUGGCGAAAACAAAUUGCAUAUUUCAGCGCCAAAUACCGUGUUAUAGCAAUUGACCAUCGCGGUCAAGGUGAUUCUGACAAGCCUGGCCGAGGGUACCGAGUGACGCGACUGGCCGCAGACCUGAACGAUGUCAUCACUCAGUUGGAUCUAAAAGACGUGAUUCUCUGUGGACACUCUAUGGGCUCUUCCGUAAUUUGGGCAUAUUGGGAUACUUUUGAAGCUUCUCGCACACGAGUUUCUCGACUGAUAAUUGUCGACCAAUCACCUAUUAUGGUCGCAGAUCCAGCUUGGGAACCAGGUGUUGCAAAGUCCCUAGGAGCGAUAUUCACGCCUGGCAAGGCUCACGAAAUGGGUGACAGUUUCCGCGGUCCCGGAGGUGACGAGUUUGCAUCAGGAUUCUUGAAAUCGUUGUUCUCACCAUCACUGAGUACGGAAGACUUUGAAUGGACGGCACAGCAAUGCAGUAAGAUGAAGCUGGAGGAUGCUGCGGCGCUGUUGGUAAAUCACGUGGGACUAGAUUGGAGAGAUGUUCUUCCAACAAUUAGUAUUCCCACCCUCGUUGUCGGUGCUGAAGGAAGCGUCUUUGGUGGAGAGUGCAGUCGAUUGGUUGCUUCGCAGAUACCAGGCAGCAAGCUGGAGAUUUUUGAGGAAGAUGAGGGGGGCAGUCACUUUAUGUUCUGGGAAAACGAUGCCAAAUUUAACAAGGUUGUUGAGGAGUUCUUACAGAGCUGA